AUGCGCGACGGCCAGGAGACUGGCAUGUACACGGGCGCACUUGUCGGGCGCGCCCCCAUCGGCGAGCCCAGCGCGGCGGCCGACUCGGCGCGGCGGGUCAACAUCAAGGAUCGAGAGAGGACGAUUCUUGUGUUUGAGGUGGGCGCAAACAAGCAGUCGGCGAUCCGGCACAUGUCGCGCCGCGAGCUGCUCGAGGAGGCGCGCCGCGCCUCGACGCCCCUCCGGCUGCAGAGAGCCGACGGGCCCGCGGCUCGCCUCGGCGCCGACGCCGUCCUCAAGGCGCGCGACGUGCGGAAGGUCGACCCGCUGUUUGCCGGCCGGCUCGAGCCGGUGAUCCUGGUGCGGUGCGGCUCAAUCACCGUCUCGCUGGGCCGGACCGAGCUCCGCGCCAUCAUCCUGCACGACCGCCUCUACUUUAUUGUGCCGGACGGCGCAGACUCGAUGCUGCAAGAGGUGCACCGCAACCUCCUCCUCGUGCUGCACGGCUCCCUCGCCGGCGACAGCGGCGGCGCGGCGCGCUCCGAGCCUCCCUCCACGGAGCACAGCCCCCACCCCGCACGCCACGACGGCGGGCCGAUCGCGCCGGCGCGGGCGGCGGGCACGCCUCCGCCGUACACGCCGCCGCCGCUCUCGAGCGUCGCGACGGGCGGCUUCGGCGCGGACAGCGGCGCGCCGCCGCCCUUUGAGUUUGCGGCGCUGGAGGCGGUCCUCAUGAUUGCGUGCUCCGACCUGCACAAGCGGCAGGAGGAGCUGGGCUCGCUCGUGAGGUGCGCGCUGCUCGAACUGCGGCGCACGGUGGUUGGCUCGCGCGUGGUAGCGGGGUCGAAGCAGCUCGAGGCUGUCCGCGAGCUGGCGCAGGAGGGGGCAGCCCACUCCAUCCGAAUCACCGCGCUCGACCGAGCCAUCGACGCUUGCCUAGACGACGACGAGGACAUGGAGACCUUGGCCAAGUUCUCCUCUGCGACACCCAUGCAGACGCCUCCGCCGCACACGCCCUUGCCUGCUGGCUCGCUCAGGCAGGUUGGCCGCAGCGCGUCGCUGCUGUCGGACGGCGGUGCGGAGGGCGACGAGGAGGCGCGAGGCUAG